CAGCGGGGCGGGCGGCCGCCGCGGCGCUGCCCUCCGCUCCCCGGCACCCCCGGCACCCCGGAAAGCGGCACCCCCGGAGCCCGGCACCCCCGGCACCCCGGAAACCGGCACCUCGGAAACCGGCACUCCAGGCACCCCCGGGGCCCGGCACCUCCCGGUACCCCGGAGGCCGGCACCCCCCGGCACCCCGUAAACCGGCACCCCCCCGGUACCCCGGAGCCCGGCACCCCGGAAACCGGCACCCCCGGGAACUGCCACCGUCGGCAUCUCCGGCAACCAGCACCUCCGAGACCCCCGGCACCCUCGGACCUCGGCACCCCCGGGAUCACCGGCACCUCCGAGACCCCCGGUAACCGGCCCCCGCCUCCGACCGCGGCGCCCCCCCACCCCGCCCCCCCCGGAGCCCCGGCACUGCGGGACCCGCGGAGCCCCGGAGCGCGGCCGCCGGGCGCCAUGGCCCCGAGCGCCCGGCUCCGCUGACGCCCGCUGAGCCCGGCCGAGCGGCGGCACCGCGACACCGGCACCGGCACCCCGGCACCCGCCGCCAUGGGCGACUCCUACGCGGCGGCGGCGGCGGCCGCCUUCCCCAGCGCCCCGGGGCUGCUCUCGCCCUCGGCCAGCCCCCAGGCGCCCGCCGGCGCCUACGGCCCCGACUACGGCCCCUUCGCCCCCUCCUUCGCCGCGCCGCCCGCCGCCGCCCAGGACCCGCUGGCCGCCGGCCCCGUGGUGGUGGCCAAGGGCCACCCGCCGGGCGACUGGUGCCACCCGCCGCUCGAGGUGGCCCACGCCGCCUACGGCUCCUGGUACAAAGCCGGGUUGGGGGGCGGCGCCGGUGCCGCCGGUGCCGCCGGUGCCGGCGGUGCCGCCGGUGCCGGCGGGGGGCCCUGGUGGGACGUGCACCCCAACGGCGCCUGGCUGGGCGCCGGCGGCGAGGGGCUGCCGGGCUCGCUGCGGGCGCCGAGCCCGCCGCCGUUGCCCGCUUACGGCGCCGAGCUGGCCGCGCUGGCGCCGUACGCCGGAGCCCCGCUGCUGCCGCCGCCGGUGCCGCCGCCGGUGCCGCCGCCGGUGCCGCCGGUGCCGGCUCCCAAAGGCGAGGGGGCGGCCAAGGCGGCGCGGGGCGGCCCCCCGGGCGGCCGCCCGCCCUGCGACUGCCCCAACUGCCAGGAGCUGGAGCGGCUCGGCGGCGCCGGUGCCGGCGCCGGCGCCGGCGGCGGGCGCAAGAAGCCGCUGCACAGCUGCCACAUCCCCGGCUGCGGCAAGGUGUACGGCAAAGCCUCGCACCUCAAAGCCCACCUGCGCUGGCACACGGGCGAGCGGCCCUUCGUCUGCAACUGGCUCUUCUGCGGGAAGCGCUUCCCGCGCGCCGACGAGCUCGAGCGCCACGUGCGCACCCACACGCGCGAGAAGAAGUUCACCUGCCUGCGCUGCGACAAGCGUUUCACCCGCUCCGACCACCUCAGCAAGCACCAGAAGACCCACGGCGAGCCCCCCGGCGCCGCCGGCGAGCCCCCCGGCGCCGAGCCGCCCCCCGGCGCCGGCGCCGCCGAGGUGCCGCCGCAGCCCCCCGCCAAGGAGCCCCCCGCCAGCCCCCAGCCCGGCAGCUUGCUGGAGAUCUGAGCGGCCGCUCUUCCUCCUCCUCUUCCUCACCGCCCCCCCCCCCCCAACAAAGUUGGCAGCGGGGCGGUGUGGGGGGGGGGGAUAUUUAUUAGGCGGGCGCCCGGCUCGGUUCUAAUUUAUCUCGUUAUCGGUAGCGCCCGGGCUCCUAACGAAGCAGGCGGGUUCCUUAUUUUUUAUUUUUAAUUCUUUCUUUUUUUGGGGGGGGGUCUCGCCUCCCCCCCCUCCCUUGCACACAGCUCAGGGACAGGUCGGUUCCUCCCCUUCCCCCCCCCCCCACCCCACGUCGUUAGCUCAGCCGGAUCGUUAGGCGCUGAUGUGUGUGUCCCCCCCCCCCCCAAAAAAAAAUAUUUGCAA